GUCAAACUGAUCUGUCUUGUACUGCAUAGUAGGAGUUACUAGUUCAAAGUCUCCGUGAGGCUUGUUGUGCUCUCUGCUCCUGAUUGAUGUAUUCAAAUGGACCUUUGGCAUUUUAGUUUUUAACUGGAUUAAAACAUCAAAGCAUGAAACAUGAAAUCAGACCAGCUCAAUAUAUUGGCAGCUUCUUGGCUGCUGUUUUCCUACUUUGUAGGUAAAUUGCUAGAGCGUCCUUCCUCUGCCUAGUGAAGUGGAAAUGAGAAGAGAAACAUUUCUGUCCCUGCUUGGUUGCUGGAGCAAGUUUUCUAACAGCCCAGGGAAUAGAAACUUUUCAUAAGCCCCAUGCAUUUCAUAAGGUCUGGGGAUGCUGAGGCAGGUAAUCCUGCUGAAGUGUAGCUAGCAAGUGAAGUUUUGGAAAGGAGUUAGAUUGGGGGGUAUCUGUCUGUCUCAUUUCCUAAAGUCCUGAAGGUGAGAUAGAAGUAAAUAAGUUUAGGGACCUCAGAUGGCUGCAGCAGUGUACUGGCACAUUCAAACUGAUGAUCUGAGCUUAGGAUUUUAAGGGAAGGAGUCUUGAGCUCCGGGAGCAGUUCUGAUAUAGGUUACAAUCACUUCAAACUUUCAGCUUCAGAUUUUCAUGUUCUAAACAGCAUUCACAAUUUCUAGGUGUUAAUCUAGCACCAGCAUUAGGGUUCCUUGACUGUAUUUAAUCUGUGGUUUGAAAAGAUUUUUUUUCUUGUAUAAAUGCAUAAAUCAUCUCUUGGGGUAUCCUUGAAAGUUGUAUGAAAAUGAACUACAUAUGAGCAGAAUCACUGUGAUUUUAUACUUUCUUUCAGGUAUCCUAUUGGACAAUGGAAUUUGUAUGGAAAAAAAGGUGGUAUCUUCAGCUGGGCUGUAUAUUGAUGCUGAAUUUGGUUUAUGCCAAUCUAGACUAUCAAAAAGAAACUCCUCCAAGCCUGGGUCAGAUUGACCAUGAGUGCUGGGAGGUCUCAUCCCAUGGGCUGGUGGAAAUGAAGAAACUCAAGGUAGCAGAUACAGUCAUUGGUCUCUGGGACUUCAUGAUGUUCCUAAAGGAAUCCCCUAAGCCCAAGCACAAUGAACUCUUCAAUGAGUUAGCCCAGAAUUUCUGGGAUAUGUAUGUAGACUGUGUGCUCUCAAGAUCCCAUGGAAUGGGCAGAAGACAAUUAGCGUCUCCCAAAUACUCUUCCACAUACUCACAUAGAACUUUAGAAGGGUCUGCUUUCACCAACCCAUUUUAGUCAAAAUAAAGAUACCUCAGGAAGGCACAUCAAAAUGAAGGAGCACAAAAGCACGGCAUGUACUCGAGAUGCUUAGACAAGUCCACUGGCAUGGUUCAACCUUCUUUUUUUUUCCUUUUCUUUGUGUAAAGCAUUUAAUCACUGCUAAAUUGAUAAGUAUGUAAACUGCCACACUGUCACUUUUGCUUUCCUGUCUUGCAGUCUGUCAAGGUUGCUUUUAUCCCACUGCAUGUCUGAAUGCUUUUGUGUUUUGAGUUAAGACUUUUGUUGUCUCAGGUAAGCUUGUAAGUCUGAACCAGUGUCGUAUGUUUGAAGAGGCUCAUCUUUUCCAGUAAUUCUCUUUUUUUAAAGUUAUUUUGGAUAGAAGCCCAAUAUAUUUUUAUACUUUAAGCAAUGGAGAAAAUGUCAACAAGCAUUUUAUACAGUGUCUUGCACAUAAAAUUAACUUCAAGAAUUGCAAAAAAGUGUGACAUCAAGCUAAAGGGAAGGAUUAUGCUUAUUGUAAUGUCCUGUGCAGUCUUAACUUUGUAAUUUAUCACUGCUUAAUCUAGGCUGUGGAUUAAUUAAAGUAUUUUUUUAUGCA